UUCGCUCCGUGUUUAAAUGUUUUUCCUCUUUUUUUUCUUCAAACUUCAGGAAAUUACCCGGUUCUGCUUCAGACUCACACCCGUACUCCGGAAAGCCCUGCCCUCCUCCGCUGUGAUUGGCCGGCGGUUCAUGCCGCUGAUUGGCUGGCUGGUCGUUAUUGUGAGCUCUCAGCCAAUCACAGCGCAGCACAGGCGGAAAACAGGCGGGAAAGAAAGCUGAUCAGUAGUUUAUCGCGAGCAGCGCGAGCGACCGCUAGAAACAGCGGAACUUCACAAACAACCCGAGAUAAACGGCCCCGAGAUAAAGGAAGGCGCUGGAGCCCGUUUAGCUCUGCAGGCUGAAGCUGCCGCCGCGGCUCUGUGGCUCCGUUAACCUCACAGCGCGGUUAUUAGCGCGCGUCGUCAUUAAUAUCGAGUUAUUUUCCCGUUUAUUCAGCUCCGCUGUUCCGGCUCGUCAUUAAACAGGAGGACUGACGUCACGCCGCGGGUUCUGCGCGGGUUCUGCUCGUCUUGAUGGCAGGCGAUUUGCGUGGAGUUUCGGGCCAGAAGGCUCUCUCGUCUCAGCGCUCUCUCCCAGGAACCCCCGUCUCCCACAAACACUUCCCCAUCGACCUGCGCACAUCCAUGGACGGAAAGUACAAAGAGAUUGCAGAGGAGCUGCUGGCACGCAGUCUGGUGGACAGCGAGAUGCGCAGUGCUCCAUAUGAGUUUCCAGAGGACAGUCCCAUCGAGCAGCUGGAGGAGAAGCGGCACCGAUUAGAGAGACAGAUCAGCCAGGACAUCAGGCUUGAGCCAGAGAUUCUGCUGAGAGCCAAACAGGACUUCCUGAAAAUCGACAGUACAACCGAUCUGGAAUAUCUGAAAGAACAAGAUGAGGUAACGGUGGAUUAUGCUCCUAAAGAGCGAGAAUUUGUGGUGGAGAGAGAGUUCCAGCGCGUGUCCAUCUCUGGAGAGGAGAAGUGUGGGGUUCCCUUCACUGACCUGGUGGAUGCUGCGGAGUGUGUGGUUAGAGCGCUGUUUAUCCGGGAGAAGUACAUGUCCGAGUCCCUGCAGGGUUUCUGCAGCACCACUGCCCGUCUGCUGCAGGAGCUGUCUGACCGACCGCUGCACUGCAGUCCACAAGGGGCGGAGCCUGAGACACCUGUGGACGCAGAUGCCCCUGUGCACCCCCCAGUGAGUGAUACUCACCCGUAUGAGGGGCAGGAACCCUCUAAUCUGCCUCCAGAUGUGGGCUACAGCUGCAGGAUGGUGAGCGGAGUGGUGCACGUUUACACCAAACACAGCCCCAUGGACAAGAGCACAGAGCUGGACCUGCCAUACCCUGACCUGAAGGAGUUUAUAGCUGAUAUGAAUGUCAUGAUGGCUCUCAUCAUCAACGGCCCGGUGAAGUCAUUCUGUUACCGGCGACUGCAGUACCUCAGCUCAAAGUUCCAGAUGCACAUCCUGCUGAACGAGAUGAAGGAACUCGCAGCUCAGAAGAAAGUCCCUCACAGAGACUUCUACAACAUCCGCAAGGUGGACACUCACAUCCACGCCUCGUCCUGCAUGAAUCAGAAGCACCUGCUGCGCUUCAUUAAGCGAGCGAUGAAGAAGUAUCCGGGGGAGAUUGUGCACAUGGAGGGGGGGCGGGGCCAGACACUGAUGGAGGUGUUUGAGAGUAUGAACCUGACGGCCUACGACCUCAGCGUCGACACGCUCGAUAUGCACGCGGACCGGAACACAUUCCACCGCUUCGACAAAUUCAACGCCAAGUACAACCCCAUCGGAGAGUCCAUCCUCAGAGAGAUCUUCAUCAAAACAGACAACCACAUCCACGGCAAAUACUUCGCCCACAUCAUCAAGGAGGUGAUGUCUGAUCUGGAGGAGAGUAAAUAUCAGAACGCUGAACUCCGUCUGUCCAUCUACGGGCGCUCGAGGGACGAGUGGGACAAACUGGCUCAGUGGGCAACAACGUACUCCGUCUACUCAGACAACGUCCGCUGGCUCGUACAGAUACCACGACUGUAUGAUGUGUAUCACAGUAAGAAGCAGUUGGCGAAUUUUCAGCAGAUGUUGGAGAACAUCUUCCUGCCUCUGUUUGAAGUUACUGUGAACCCUCACAGUCACCCGGAGCUGCACCUGUUGCUGCAGCACGUGGUGGGCUUUGACAGCGUGGAUGAUGAAUCGAAGCCGGAGCAUCAUGUGUUUAAUCUGGACAGCCCUCUGCCGGAGAACUGGACCGAGGAGGACAAUCCACCGUACUCCUACUACCUGUACUACACCUACGCUAACAUGACUGUCCUCAACCACCUGCGCAGGAGGCGGGGCUUCCACACCUUUGUGCUGCGACCUCACUGUGGGGAGGCUGGGCCUAUUCACCACCUGGUGUCUGGAUUCAUGCUGUCAGCCAACAUCUCACACGGACUGAUGCUGAGGAAGGCUCCUGUGCUGCAGUACCUAUACUAUCUCGCCCAAGUCGGUAUCGCCAUGUCUCCACUCAGCAACAACAGCCUGUUCCUCAGUUACCAUAGAAACCCUCUGCCGGAGUAUCUCUCCCGCGGCCUCAUGGUGUCGCUGUCCACUGAUGACCCACUGCAGUUCCACUUUACCAAGGAGCCCCUGAUGGAGGAGUACAGUAUCGCCACUCAGGUGUGGAAGCUCAGCUCGUGUGAUAUGUGUGAAUUAGCGAGGAACAGCGUGCUCAUGAGUGGUUUCUCACACAAGGUAAAGAGUUACUGGCUGGGUCCGAGUUACACUCAUGAGGGUCCGGAAGGAAACGAUAUCCGUCGUACGAACGUGCCAGACAUCCGCGUGGCCUUCAGACAUGAGACGCUGUGUGAGGAGCUGCAGCUGAUAACGCAUGCUGUCCAGACUCAGGGCCUGGAGAGCAUUCAGGAGGAUGCUCCACUCUCCAUGAACCCUCUGACCUCCACACGCUGACCACAGCUCUCCACUAAUUCGCCUCACGCCUUCUCCACAAACGCCACGGAUCACUGCAGGUGCCUCUGUCCUGCCGGCAUGCUCUGAGUUUCCUCUCUCCCCCUGAGUGACAGGGAGAGGGUGGCGGGUCAUGCAGUGAGGGGGUGGGGGUGUAGCUGGAAAGCGAAAGUUUGGCUUAACACCUGCCAGUUAGCACCAAGCUAACACCUUAAAGAUUACAUCACACCAGUUAGCACCAAGCUAACACCUUAAAGAUUACAUCACACCAGUUAGCACCAAGCUAACACCUUAAAGAUUACAUCUCACCAGUUAGCACCAAGCUAACACCUUAAAGAUUACAUCUCACCAGUUAGCACCAAGCUAACACCUUAAAGAUUAUACCCCACCAAUUAGCACCAAGCUAACACCUUAAAGAUUACAUCACACCAGUUAGCACCAAGCUAACACCUUAAAGAUUACAUCUCACCAGUUAGCACCAAGCUAACACCUUAAAGAUUAUACCCCAUCAAUUAGCACCAUGCUAACACCUUAAAGAUUAUACCCCACCAAUUAGCACCAAGCUAACACCUUAAAGAUUACAUCUCACCAGUUAGCACCAAGCUAACACCUUAAAGAUUACAUCUCACCAGUUAGCACCAAGCUAAUACCUUAAAGAUUAUACCCCACCAAUUAGCACCAAGCUAACACCUUAAAGAUUACAUCUCACCAGUUAGCACCAAGAUAACACCUUAAAGAUUACAUCUCACCAGUUAGCACCAAGCUAACACCUUAAAGAUUAUACCCCACCAAUUAGCACCAAGCUAACACCUUAAAGAUUACAUCUCACCAGUUAGCACCAAGCUAACACCUUAAAGAUUAUACCCCACCAAUUAGCACCAAGCUAACACCUUAAAGAUUAUACCCCACCAAUUAGCACCAAGAUAACACCUUAAAGAUUACAUCUCACCAGUUAGCACCAAGCUAACACCUUAAAGAUUAUACCCCACCAAUUAGCACCAAGCUAACACCUUAAAGAUUAUACCCCACCAAUUAGCACCAAGCUAACACCUUAAAGAUUACAUCUCACCAGUUAGCACCAAGCUAACACCUUAAAGAUUAUACCCCACCAAUUAGCACCAAGCUAACGCCUUAAAGAUUAUACCCCACCAGUUAGCACCAAGCUAACACCUUAAAGAUUAUACCCCACCAAUUAGCACCAAGCUAACACCUUAAAGAUGACAUUUCACCAGUUAGCACCAAGCUAACACCUUAAAGAUUAUACCCCACCAAUUAGCACCAAGCUAACACCUUAAAGAUUAUACCCCACCAAUUAGCACCAAGCUAACGCCUUAAAGAUUAUACCCCACCAGUUAGCACCAAGCUAACACCUUUAAGAUUACAUCUCACCAGUUAGCACCAAGCUAACACCUUAAAGAUUACAUCUCACCAGUUAGCACCAAGCUAACACCUUAAAGAUUACAUCUCACCAGUUAGCACCAAGCUAACACCUUAAAGAUUAUACCCCACCAAUUAGCACCAAGCUAACACCUUAAAGAUUAUACCCCACCAGUUAGCACCAAGCUAACACCUUAAAGAUUACAUCACACCAGUUAGCACCAAGCUAACACCUUUAAGAUUACAUCACACCAGUUAGCACCAAGCUAACACCUUAAAGAUUAUACCCCACCAAUUAGCACCAAGCUAACACCUUAAAGAUUAUACCCCACCAAUUAGCACCAAGCUAACACCUUAAAGAUUACAUCUCACCAGUUAGCACCAAGCUAACGUUUUAAAGAUUAUAAUCUAGAUUUUAGAGUCAUAGUGUUGAUACCACAGAGUCUGACAAUUUAGGCUUUGGUGCUAAUUGGUGGAAUAUGAGCGUCCAUUACUUGUUAGCUUCAUUAUCCUCAUAGCUCCAGAGCUAAAACUAAAGAAUAUAAGUUCAGUGGCCGAACACGUUCCGGCUGAUCAACUACAUUCGGGGUGAGGUGGGAAAAUGAGGUUAAUCUUCAGCUGAACUAUCGCUUUAAUACCAUGACACUGGGCUGUUUGUGUUGUAUUGCGGGACGGUCCUGCUUCUGCAUGAAGAAAUCUGUCAGUGUCCUCUAGUACUGUGUGAUCUGAAGCAUGACUCCCAAAAUCACCAACAUCCUUAUUAUUACUUUAGAAUAAUUGUUGUUUUUGUUUACUAGUAGCAGGGACAAACAAACAAAAACACUGUUUACAACUGACUCCAAAUGUGAAGACAUGUCUGCCUCACGUUUCUGUGUCACACACAGUCUGACUGCACUGUCUGUGUGUUUUACACCAUGACUGUGAGCACAGCCGCUAAUCUGAGUGUCGAGGUUUAUUUGUGCAGCCACUAGUGAGGUGACACAGCAGCACAACUCCAGAGGGGGUGGGUUUAGGCUCAAGGGUCUAGAGGGCAGGCUCCAGAGGGAAUGCUUUUGUGGUGCAGGAUGUAGCAUCUGUGGCAUAGGGUGUAGCUUCUAGGCUGUAAGGUCUUUAGGGUGAAGGGUAUAGGGUUUAAGGUGUAUGAUUGAGGGUGAAGGGUAUAGGGUUUAAGGUGUAUGAUUGAGGGUGAAGGCUGUAUGGUUUAAGGUGUAUGAUUGAGGGUGAAGGCUGUAGGGUUUAAGGUGUAUGAUUGAGGGUGAAGGCUGUAGGCUUUAAGGUGUAUGAUUGAGGGUGAAGGCUGUAUGGUUUAAGGUGUAUGAUUGAGGGUGAAGGCUGUAGGCUUUAAGGUGUAUGAUUGAGGGUGAAGGCUGUAGGCUUUAAGGUGUAUGAUUGAGGGUGAAGGCUGUAUGGUUUAAGGUGUAUGAUUGAGGGUGAAGGCUGUAUGGUUUAAGGUGUAUGAUUGAGGGUGAAGGCUGUAGGGUUUAAGGUGUAUGAUUGAGGGUGAAGGCUGUAGGCUUUAAGGUGUAUGAUUGAGGGUGAAGGCUGUAUGGUUUAAGGUGUAUGAUUGAGGGUGAAGGCUGUAGGGUUUAAGGUGUAUGAUUGAGGGUGAAGGAUGUAGGCUUUAAGGUGUAUGAUUGAGGGUAAAGGCUGUAUGGUUUAAGGUGUAUGAUUGAGGGUGAAGGCUGUAGGCUUUAAGGUGUAUGAUUGAGGGUGAAGGCUGUAGGCUUUAAGGUGUAUGAUUGAGGGUGAAGGCUGUAGGCUUUAAGGUGUAUGAUUGAGGGUGAAGGCUGUAUGGUUUAAGGUGUAUGAUUGAGGGUGAAGGCUGUAGGCUUUAAGGUGUAUGAUUGAGGGUGAAGGCUGUAGGGUUUAAGGUGUAUGAUUGAGGGUAAAGGCUGUAUGGUUUAAGGUGUAUGAUUGAGGGUGAAGGCUGUAGGCUUUAAGGUGUAUGAUUGAGGGUGAAGGCUGUAGGGUUUAAGGUGUAUGAUUGAGGGUGAAGGCUGUAGGGUUUAAGGUGUAUGAUUGAGGGUAAAGGCUGUAUGGUUUAAGGUGUAUGAUUGAGGGUGAAGGCUGUAGGCUUUAAGGUGUAUGAUUGAGGGUGAAGGCUGUAGGCUUUAAGGUGUAUGAUUGAGGGUGAAGGCUGUAGGGUUUAAGGUGUAUGAUUGAGGGUAAAGGCUGUAUGGUUUAAGGUGUAUGAUUGAGGGUGAAGGCUGUAGGCUUUAAGGUGUAUGAUUGAGGGUGAAGGCUGUAGGGUUUAAGGUGUAUGAUUGAGGGUAAAGGCUGUAUGGUUUAAGGUGUAUGAUUGAGGGUGAAGGCUGUAGGCUUUAAGGUGUAUGAUUGAGGGUGAAGGCUGUAGGCUUUAAGGUGUAUGAUUGAGGGUGAAGGCUGUAGGGUUUAAGGUGUAUGAUUGAGGGUAAAGGCUGUAUGGUUUAAGGUGUAUGAUUGAGGGUGAAGGCUGUAGGCUUUAAGGUGUAUGAUUGAGGGUGAAGGCUGUAGGCUUUAAGGUGUAUGAUUGAGGGUGAAGGCUGUAGGGUUCAGGUUGUAGACUCUAGACUGUAGGGAAUAUUAGGUAUAGAGUGAAAGUCUACUUCAUCUCUGUGUAAUUGUCCCCUUCUGAGAGUCCACACUCUAAGGUGUAAACGUUAGACACUUGAUUCUUUGGUCUAUAGUAGACUUUAUACUCUAGAUUCUUUGGUCUAUAGUAUAGACUAUACUCUAGAUUAUUUGGUCUAUAGUGUAGACUUUAGAUUCUUCGGUCUAUAGUAUAGACUAUACUCUAGAUUCUUUGGUCUGUAGUGUAGACUAUACUCUAGAUUCUUUGGUCUAUAGUGUAGACUAUACUGUAGAUUCUUUGGUCUAUAGUAUAGACUAUACUCUAGAUUAUUUGGUCUGUAGUGUAGACUAUACUCUAGAUUAUUUGGUCUAUAGUGUAGACUUUAGAUUCUUUGGUAUAUAGUAUAGACUAUACUCUAGAUUCUUUGGUCUAUAGUGUAGACUAUACUGUAGAUUCUUUGGUCUAUAGUGUAGACUUAAGAUUCUUUGGUCUAUAGUGUAGACUUUAGAUUCUUUGGUCUAUAGUGUAGACUUUAUACUCUAGAUUCUUUGGUCUAUAGUGUAGAUUAUUUGGUCUAUAGUGUAGACUUUAGAUUCUUUGGUCUAUAGUAUAGACUUUAUACUCUAGAUUCUUUGGUCUAUAGUGUAGAUUCUUUGGUCUAUAGUGUAGACUUUAGAUUCUUUGGUCUAUAGUUUAGACUCUAGAUUCUUUGGUCUAUAGUGUAGACUUUAGAUUAUUUGGUCUAUAGUGUAGACUUUAGAUUAUUUGGUCUAUAGUGUAGACUUUAGAUUAUUUGAUCUAUAGUAUAGACUAUACUCUAGAUUCUUUGGUCUAUAAUGUAGAAUAUAAUGUAGAUUAUUUGGUCUAUAGUGUAGACUUUAGAUUCUUUGGUCUAUAGUGUAGACUUUAUACUCUAGAUUCUUUGGUCUGUAGUGUAGACUUUAGAUUCUUUGGUCUAUAGUGUAGACUUUAGAUUUUUUGGACUAUAGUAUAGACUAUACUCUAGAUUCUUUGGUCUAUAGUGUAGAUUAUUUGGUCUAUAGUGUAGACUUUAGAUUCUUUGGACUAUAGUAUAAAUCCUAGGCUCUGUAUUUCAAGGUGUAGGCUGUGGAUUUCAGGCUCUAGAUUUCAGUGUCUAGCUGUAAACUUUAGCCUGUAGAUUUUAGGGUCUAAGGACUUUAGGCUCUAGGUUUUAAGGUCUAGGCUGAGGAUUUUAGACUCUAGUGUUGGUUAGCUGACUCAGACUUUUGAGGAAGUGGCCUAGAAGAGAAAUGCGGAACGGAUUUGCUCUGUGAGGACUGGACUGUUCAACUGAGGAAUUCCGAUUAAACACACCUGCUGCAGGUGUGUGUGUGUGUGUGUGUGUGUGUGUGUGUUGUAAAGUGUGAACCCCCCCCCCCCCCCCCCCCCAUAUGGAAACAUGAUUUUGUAUGAAGGUUUCCUUUAAAAUAAAGAGUAUUUUUUUAGCAGGUAGAGAAACACUUUAUAUGAAGUUACUCACCCAUCACUGACACACAGUCUGAGUUCCGUUCAUGGAAAGUUUGAUUUGGAUUCUUUUCUUCCGUGUUUAUUCAGUAAGACGCACAGGCCGAUCUGUCAGAAUGUGAAUGUUUAUUGAAUGUGGUGGAAUUUCUGAUUUUACAUUAAUUUUUUAUGUUUUCCAUAUUCAUACAUUUUAAAUGAUGACAGUAAUGUGGGAAACUCUGUUUAAUAUUUCUAUCACUGUUAUUUUAUUCUGAUUUCUCUGAAAGUACAAGUCACCUUUCCUAAAGAUUCCAAACCUCUACAGCAUAGUUUACAUUUCCACACAGGAUCAUAUGAGUCGCUUUUCUGCCUCUGCUUUUAAUUUAGUUUGGUUGAAAUCUUGUACAUGAUUUACAUUUGUUAUUGUUAAAUUCUCCACAGUUCUGAAGUUUUAUUUAGAUCAGUAAGUUUUUAAUGACUGUUUUGUUUCCUUUAAAUGUUUUUGAUUUGAACAUCAUGUCGCAGCCCUUGUGGCCGAUUGAUGCUGACGUUCGAUGGCCUGAUGAAUAGAAAUGCUCACUUGUACUGAGAUCAAAUAAAGCAUGAAAGUAUCAUCA